AUGGACAAGAAGGAUGACAAUAGCCCGGCGAACCUGUGGACUCGGAGAUCAAACAGCAGCAAGCUCAGUCUCUCGAUGAGCAAGAACGACCGCAACGACUCCCGAGACAACCAUGAGUCACCAUCCGCGAAGAGAUUCGGUAGCAUGAGCAGCAAGACAAACCCGUUCAGCGCCUCGAACAACAUGAGUGCCUCCGUAGCAUCACCCACCGGGUCGGGCGCAUCUUCUGCGUUCGGCCUGGGAAGCGGUGCAUUCGCGAGCUUCGGCAGCGCGAGCAAGACCCCAAAGACACCCGGCUCAGCGUUCGACUUCAGCAAGGGGAUGUCAGAAAAGAAGGAGCCACAAUCACAACCCUCAGACACAUCCGACAAGGAAGCCAGCAGAAGACCACCAGCCCGCAAAUCCAUGUCAUCCCUCCGCACAAACGACGCUCCCGCCACCUCCCCUAAAGACUCCAACGCCUGGCCGCUGAAGCACGGGUGGGUGAUCCACUACCGCCCCCCGACCAGCAAGAACAGCGACUACGAGAAGUCCAUGAAACCUCUCUGCCGGAUCGACACUGCGCAGUCGUUCUGGGCCGUCUACUCCCACCUCAAGCGCCCUUCCGCCCUACCCACCGUCUCCGACUACCACUUCUUCAAAGACGGCAUCCGGCCUGUGUGGGAAGACGACGAGAACAAGCACGGUGGGAAAUGGAUCAUGCGGCUCAAGAAGGGCGUUGCGGACCGGUACUGGGAGGACUUGUUACUAGCCAUGAUCGGCGACCAGUUCGCGGAGGCCAGCGAAGAGGUCUGCGGCGCGGUGGUGAGCGUGAGGUCAGGGGAGGACGUGUUCUCGAUCUGGACGAAGAAUGACGGGGGGAGGAACGUCAAGAUCCGUGAGACUAUCAAGCGCGUGCUGGGGCUGCCCGGGGAUACGAAUCUGGUCUGGCGGAGUCACGACGAGAGUAUCACGCAACGGCAGGCGGUGGAUCAGGCGCGGGAGCAGAAAGCGAGCGCGUACGGGGAGAAGAGGCGUAACACGCUGAAUCAAGCUACCAAGGAAGAGGUGGCGUGA